UGAAUAUUGACAUGAAAAUGCCGUCGGAGGCACCCGUUCUCCCGACGCAAACGGAGAAACCUCAGCAUUAUACAUAUUUGAAAGAAUUUCGGACACAGCAAUGUCCACUGUUUCUCCAGCACAAAUGCACACAGCAUCGGCCAUUUACUUGUUUUCACUGGCAUUUCCUGAAUCAGAGACGAAGAAGACCCGUGAGAAAGCGAGAUGGGUCAUUCAACUAUAGCCCCGACGUUUACUGCACCAAAUAUGACGAGACAUCAGGGCAAUGUCCAGAUGGAGAAGAGUGUCCAUUACUCCACAGGACAGCAGGUGACACAGAACGUAGAUACCAUCUCCGAUAUUACAAAACUGGAACAUGCGUCCAUGAGACUGACACUAGAGGUAACUGUGUCAAGAAUGGUCCCCAUUGUGCAUUUGCACAUGGGGCUCAUGACCUUCGACCCCCAGUAUAUGACUCCCGUGAACUAGCAGGUCUAGAAACAGAGAAAGUUGAUAUGGGAAUGGGAAUGGGCCUACUAAGUCAGAGUCCAUGUGGACCCAGUAGUCUGGAGAAAGAAAAGAUACUCAAUGAAGACCCCAAGUGGAAUGAUACUAAUUAUGUUCUGACAAAUUACAAGACAGAGCAGUGUAAACGGCCCCCCAGGCUGUGCCGCCAGGGUUAUGCAUGUCCCCAAUACCACAACACACGGGACAGGCGAAGAAGUCCACGUAAAGUAAAGUACAGGUCUACACCAUGUCCCAAUGUUAAACAUGGUGAUGACUGGGGGGAUCCUACACAGUGUGAGAAUGGAGAAAAUUGUCCUUAUUGUCACACACGAACAGAGCAACAGUUUCAUCCUGAGAUUUACAAGUCAACUAAAUGCAAUGAUAUGGUACAGACAGGCUAUUGUCCAAGAGGACCCUUCUGUGCGUUUGCGCAUGUGGAACAGGAAAUGACAUCACAGCGUGAGUUGCCAAUGGAGAAUUCUCUAGCUGCGUUCUUCAGUGCUCUCCCAGGUGGCACCACUAAUGGCGAAGUAUCUUGCAAUAGUAAUACUAAUGGCAAUAAGGAUGAUUCAGAGCAAACCACACAGGAUGAGCACCCGCCUCAGCUGUUGGCCCCAGCUCAUAACAACAAUAAGCCUGUUGAUUCAUCCUCAAAUAAACAGCAACCUACUUCUAUAUUUAAUCAUAGCUCUAUGGUUAGUAUAUUUGAUCAUAGUUCAUUGCCAACUAGUACAGUAACUAACACCGCAUCAAAUCUUAACUCCAAUAACUCAAUGCAUCAUACAAUUAUCCCAGAGCCAAUAGGGAAGGGUCGUUCAGGAAGCACGUCAAGCAGUAUUGCAUCAGACUCGGGGAGUGCAUAUUUAAAGGCCCCUGGGUCUGAGCGAGAAGACCCACAGAUUAAAUUGCGGCAACAACUUCAAGCAAUAGAAAAAGAUGUCACUAUAGAUCUAGCAGAAAAGGCAAAACGUAAACAAAACUUAUUACUUCUUCAUAAUCUUAACGUAACAAACUCAUUUAGCGCAUCAAGUGGGACAUCUGGAAUAGGCUCUAGUGCAACAUCUUCAUCUUCCAUGUCACCACAUGCCCCUGUUUUCUACCCAGCUGGAGAUACAGUGGAAUCAGUAAUAGCCAAUACUUUAGAGGAAUUAAAUAUAGAUGAGUUUGAUCUCUCAACUAUAGAUAAAGAACUAGAGAAUGACAAUGAAACAAACUCUGUCAGUAGCUCACUUAGUGCAGGAUUCUCAUCUACGGGUUAUAUAGGUAGUUCCUCUGUGCCAAUGGCUAUACCCUCAAGCAGUCAGGGUGGCUUUGGAGGCUUCCAGGCAGGAAGUGUGGGCAGUCUACCCGAGUCCCCCUCAUCCCUCCCCUCCCUUCCUCCUGCCUUUGUACCUCAGCACAUACAGCAACAGCAGAAACAGGAACAGCAGUUGGAACAGGCUCAAGCAGCAUUUCUAAGUCAUGCCAAUCCCGGUAAAUUCUCAGCAGCAGCUCUACCCGACAUAAUGAACAAUCACUCCCCCAGGAGCACCCCUAAUAGUCUAAGCUCCACAUCCAGUCUACACCUACACAACAACACCAACUCUGAGAUAAUGAGGCUGAGAGAAGAGCUCAUUGCCAAUAAAGCUAAGCUGGCAUCGUGGGAGGAAGGAAUUGCUCAAGCUAGAAGUGCAUGUGAGGCCUGGAAGAAGGAAGCAGAAGAAGCAACUAGGAAAGUUAAGAUGAUUGAGGAGGAACAUAUUAUUGCAAUCAAACAGAAAGAAGAGGUUACUAAUCAGCUAAGAAAAUGUAAGAUUGAUGUAGAGAGAAUGUCUGGAGGUCCACACUUACAUGUGUUACACCGACGUUCAGACCUUGAGAUGCUCCCCUUACCACAGCUGAAACUUGUGCAGCAGACUCUGAGGAUGGAUCUAGAUGCUGUAGAUAAGGUGGUAUACCAACACACGGCUAUGAAAUGUCUCGUCUGUCAAGAAAAGAAUCGUAGUGUAGCUGUAAUGCCCUGUAAUCACUAUGUACUAUGUGACUCUUGCGUAGCUAAGCGGACUGAAUGCCCUUACUGUCACGCUCAGAUUAAACAAUUAUCAAACAUAGUUUUACCGUUAUAAUCAACGUACUUUUAGGAUUUUAACAAAUUGUAGGACUAUUCAGAAUUCUAUUCUUACAAACAAUUGCCAUGAUAACCCAAAGGAGAUAUGAAGCCGUUGUCAUGGUAACUAGAGAAAGGAGCUAAUUUAUGCUCCAUCUAUUUUAUUAUAAUGUAUUUAGUUUUAUGUAAUCACUUUAUAUAUUUAUCAAUGAUUAGAACUACGAAGGAAGAUCUGCUGUAGAGGAUGACGCAUCAUGGAAGGAAAAUAUUUUUGACACCUUAAAUUUGAACAACACAAGUUCACGAUUAGAUGUGAAUAUAUCAGACCACACCAGUGAUACAUACACAUUAUACGCAUUUGCAGACUACAGAUUCGGAUAAGGAAAUUUAUUAAAGCAGAAAGAAGACAGAUACUUUGGAUUUAUGAUUAUUUGGGUGUCACUAUGGUUACAAGGAUGCAUUGAGAUUAUCUCCUUUAUUAUAAAGAUGACCAGUGCUCUGAUUGACAGCAUUAUACAUGUUGUGAUUGGUUAUAUCUGUGACCCCAAUGACAGUUGAUAGUGACUGUGUUUCAUAAUGAGAUGAUGGUAUAUAGAUGAAGAUGUUACUUAGCAACAGGGAAAACCUGUUCGGAUUUGUGAGAAGUAUUUUAAAAUAGAGCAGUUAUGGCGCAACUUUGUGAACUGUAACUCAAUAAGGUGGAGUUUAAAUGAUAAUCAGAUAAUCAGAUAUACUAUGCAGGCCCUGGGUAUAUGGCAAUCACACAUUACAAUAGAAAAUGUAGUGCUGAUCAUUUCAAAUUUGAUUUCAAUAGAACUUUUUCUUUCUCAUUUUUUGUAUUAUAAAUUCCUAAUGUAAAUAACUGAAUUUAGAAUUAUCUUUAUCAAGAGAUUUCAAUAUUCAUAGUUAAAACAUGUGGAAUAAGUACAAAAUCAGGUAUAUAAAGAGUAUUAAUACAUUGAGUACAUGGCUUUCAUAAAUAAAAAAUUGUGUAUCCAGUUGUAGUAUAAACAUAUUUUUGCAUAGCUACACUUUAGAACUUCCAGUAUUUGCAAUUCUGAAUGAUGCCAAAGUUGUACUUAAUGAAGAAAAAUUUAUAUUUAUUUGAUUUUAUUCAAUUUGAAUUAUAGCGGUUAGAGAUUUCUUUUUUCUGAUCUGAAUUUUCAUUCUAUUCCUUGGGUUUAUAAUACUGGUUUUGCGCUUAGUGUUUUUUAAGCUUCAUUCAUUCAUCUUCACUCCAAAAUUUUUUUAUUGUAUUUUAUCUUGUUUUACGGUAUCAAAGACAAAAUUUGUGUUUUAAUAGAAAACACCAACCAUCUAUAAAUCUCAGAUUGAUUUUCCUGAUUUGCUUAUGGACUUCCUUUUUGUUUACAAGGAAAACAAACCCUAUUUGUUAAAUUGUAUGGCAUCCAUUUGUUUAUAUCUGUAUCAUGCUUUAGACCAUGGCCAUAUUAAUAUGUUACUUCUAGGACCAGGUUGUAGAAACUGUUGCUAUUAAAAAUCAGUCUCAACUCAGAAUGUGAAAUGAGAAUUUUUCAAAAAUUACCACUCGAUGAAAAUGAUAGUGUCCAAGAAAGUAACCAUCCGACACGCAUUUCUGUGUCUUAAAAAGUCUGCCAUGUAGCACUUUUCAUUUACUCUUCAAGUUGUAAUUUGCUAGUAUCUCAUAUACCAAACAUCUUUUUACUUUGUACUAAAUCACUUAACAUUGGUCAUCAUCAUGUAAAAACACGUAACACAUUCAAUCCCUAUUAUACCUGUUGCACCAUUAUUCGAUGGAAUGAAACUUAAAAAUAAUUGUACUUAAAAUUGACAAUAAUAUUGGAAGUACAUGUAAACGAUUUUGGACUUAAAUGGGACCAAAGUUGUCCUGAAUUGCAUAGAGUAAUGGUGUGAUCUUUAUUUUUAUUUGAUGUUGCAAUGACAAGUUCUCGAUUAAGACAAAAAAUGAUAAAUUCAUUCUUACUUAUACUUAUAUUGUCAUUUCUCUGGGGCAUUGUUGUAUGGUGUUGCAUUGUAAUGCUAUGAGGGGGAAUGUUGUUACUGUUUGAGUCACAGUCAUAUUCAUGUCCAAAUAGUCAAAUUGAAUUAUUCACAUAUAGCUAUCCAAAGUCAAAUUUAGCUAACCAGAUAGUCACAUUUAACUAACCAGAUAGUCACAUUUA